AUGCCAAAUAUCUUGGAUCUUCCGUGGGAAAUCUUCGAGGGCAUCUACAAGCAUGUCAUCGAGGACGGCGAUAGUUACUUGUGGGCAAUGUGGACCGGAGCAAGAGACAGCCCUCCCGGUACAAGAACCAUGACCGCAAAGUUGAGACUGGUCUGUCGCCAAUGGGCGGACUGGUUAUACGUCCAUUACCUUUAUCAUACGAUCACCUUCGGAAGUGCUUCGCGAGCGCUCCGUUUCACCAAGGACCAAAUCGCCAGACGUUCGAAAAAUCUUCCACGUGCUAGAUGUCACAGUCUACAGGUCAUCGAGAUUCUCACCUGGGGUCCUCCGCCGGUCGAUAAAAAUACUCCGGGCUUAGGGAUCUCAAUGAAAUUAGCCAAAGCAAGAACCAGGAAACCCAAUGAUACGAUCACUUCCGAAAUCUUGGAAGGUCUCAUCGAGCUGUUCACCGAUUCGAUCGUCAAACUCAACUUGAGGUUCUGGCAUGUCAUGUCCCUUCCUGCGAGCACGAUUGAGAAGAUAGGGCGCAUCGAAAAUCUGCGCACCAUGACACUCGGUCACGAAUUGCCAGAAACCCUUCCAGGUCCCCCACAGCCAUUAUAUCCGCUUUACCACAACAGUUCCGAUGAGGAGCUUGAACAACAAUUACGCCGCGGGGAAGUAGCGGAUGAUGAUGAAGAUGAACCUCCAACCGAAAUGGACCCAGUCAAGUCGAAAAUCGAUUCUGAUUGCUUGAAGUCGUUGAUCCUAGCCACUCGAAAUUUACAGUCACUCGAUAUAUCCGACUUGGAUCCUAUUUGCCUACCAAAGCCAAUCUCCUCUAGUCUCUCCAGCCAUCAAAUACUGCCUACGAUAACCCACCUAGACGUUAACCUAGAGGGGCAAAGUCUAGCCAGACUCGUAGAUCUUUCUAUUGCUCUCAAAGGUACUUUGAAAGUACUUUCCCUUAAGGAUCAAUAUGGAAACAAUCCCGGUCGAAUGAUCGUACCCGUUUUCGAAAAUCUUAGAGAAUCGCUCGAAGGCCUCUUCGUGCCAAACGACAAGAUCCUGAAGCCUGUUGCCCGAUUCCAGUUCCCGAAAUUGCGCGUAUUCAAGACGAUCUCCUGGGAUGGUCCUAUCGCCAACCUUCUGGAGAAGCCCAUGAUUUCACAAUCCCCCAUCGAGGUUCUUGCCCUCCGAGCGGACAUCGUCGAUCGCAAGCCCAAAACGAAAUUCCUUGUCAAUCCGUUUUCAAAUCUGCCCUCGCUGAAGCGACUACUGUUUUACGACGUUUCUCCUGGUUAUUCCGCACCACCCGCUUACACAGAAGCGUGUGCUGCCCGUUGCGUGGAGUGUGUUUAUCUAAGCACUAUGGACAGUGAAAAUGUCUCUUUGAUCAUGAAAUUGUAA